AGCGCGAGGUGUGAACUAAAUAGCCGAAUAACACAUCGUACGAUUUGUCACCUGAUGUCAGCGCACCAGUGUAUAUAAAGCUUUGUGUCCCGCUGUAGUAAAUACCAUAGUACGAUCGCGAGAGGACCUUUGUUGUAUACGUAAAAAAAUUGGGGAAUUUAAGUUUGUUGUGUUGGUGUUGGUAUAUAAAAGGUAUAAGAAGUCACUCAGCCAGCUGACUCGUUUCACUGCAUGCUCAGGAGCGAACCUCUUGCUGGAUUAUAGGACUGUAUUGAAGCACGUUGCACCAUGCAGAUGUACGCAGCACUCACGGAUGGCCUGCUUGUGGUUAUAACCUUGAGCGUUGUUCUUGCUUUAGACCCAAACUACAUGGAACGUGCCCGGGUCGUGGUAGACUCGGAUGAGACUGACGCCGACGCCUUCGAAGAAGCAUUUGAGCCGUCGGCCCGACACUGUCGUCGAAUAGGGGAACGCGCCGCCAGAAAACAGAUAUCGUGCGUUGCAGACGUGCAUUUCUACGAGAAUCUCUCCAACCGCGUGCACAUGUCGCCCAUCGACCCCAGCGAAAACAACCGCGACCUGUGGGACCUGGCGAUGAAGAUCUCCGCUUGCUCCGAACGCUUCGGACGCUAUUACGAGCACGCCUGCAACAUCAAGGCCGUCUACCUGAACGACCGCCGCCGCUGCCGCUGGCUGCCCAGCCGCCAGGAGAGGACGCGCUGCAAGGGGCGCAUUAUGGACACUUACCACCGGGCUAGAUGAACUACUUCACUAUGAUGGCCAUUAUAGGCGCAAAGUCUCCGGUGAAAACAAACGAUUAACCGACUGCACGUUUACUGAACUAGAACAAUCCUUUUGUGUUGUUGUUCAGUUCUUAGACAGAGAAAGUUAUUACAAGUACAGUUGCUGACACAGAGUUAUUGGCGAUGUGUGGGGGAAAGAUGAUUUCGUCCGAUUCUGAACAAUUAUUUGCCGCUGUCAAAUUUAUUUACGAGAUUGCUAGGGUCAUUGAACAAUACAGUACUGUUCGUAUGUUGAUCUAGGCCUUGUAAAUGUAUUUUAGUAUUGUGUUGUGUAAUCCGUGACUGUAUAUGAUCCGCGUCAUGCGAAAGUGGGUCUUAUGCAAUAUGUGGCUGUCGUAAAUUGAGACCACCCUGCGCGUUCACUAAGUUUGGUCAGGAGCUUGUCCCCUGUCCUUGGUAACAUCACGCAAGGUUGCAUGGUCUCGUUUACGGACAGAAUAGCUCUUGGUCAGACUGCACAAAAGCGCGGCAUGGUCUGUAGCUACACUGGCCACAAAUAGCAUAAGAUCCAUUUUCGCAUAACGCGACUCAUAUUAUUAUUGCGUUGUGUUAUAUUGUGCAUGUUUUCCGUACGCAUAUGUCAGUUCAUUUGUAUAUACGCCAUGUUUAACUUAUUGACUGUGUUCACGCGAUGCCGCGAUAUGUUCCAUGUUGUGUCCAUUAACAAUGAAAAGUAUUAAAUGUC